AUGACAGAAGCCGAGAUCGGUCCAGUGCGGGACCAGCUGUACUCUGACAAGCAGAAGAUUCGGAAGAGCUCCUGGCAUGACUCGGGCAGCUGGCACCCAGCGCCUCCGCCCGCGCCCUGCGCAGUGGCGUCAUGGCCGGGCCUGGUGGACGUGUACCUGAGGCACCUGAAGAAGGGCGGCGACCUCGCCGCCAAGCGCUCCGGCGGCGACGUCGCGGGCGUGAGGCUGCUGCGGCGCAUCGUCGCCGCGGCCGACGACGAGGAGCGAUGCGGCCCCCACGCCUGCCACGUGCUGCGCCGCACGCCGCAGCUCUUUGCGUUCGUUGGGGACGCCCUCCACACGCCGGAUGCCUUCAAGGGUGGCACCGGCACGGAGCUGUGCAUGCUGCUGCAGAAGCAGCUGCUGAGCAACCCGGCCUACUGCCAGCGUGUCCCGGUCGCCAAGUUCAUUGAAGUCCUGGGCCCCAUUAUGGAUCACAUGGAAUCGCUGCUGGACCCCCAAGCCCCGCCGGCAUCGCGCGCGCAUGCGUCCACCCAGCGCGGCGCGCCGCCCGGCGGCAGCGGCGUCAUCGCGCCGUCUGAGGAGCUGCAGCGGCUGUCGGGGCUGGUGCUGGCGCUGCUGACGCAGGCGCCGGGCGUGCUGCCGCCGGGGACGGCGCAGGACGUGCUCGUGUUCUUGGGGAACGUGAUCAAGGCCAUGAACGAGCAGAGGGAGUUCUCCAAGACCGCCCUCAACGCGCUGCAGGCGCUGCAGCACCUGCUGCUGGCCUGCGGCCACUCGCUGCGGGGCGUGCCGCUGUACGAGCAGGCCAGCCACGUGCAGAUGUACAUCAAGCGCGCGUGGCGUGAGGGACGGCUGCCGCGCUUCAAGGAGGCUCUGUACGGCUACUGCCGCGCUGCGCUGCGGCUGGGCCUGCUGCAGGCGCUGGGCCCCGUGGCGGUGUCGGAGGUGCAGCAGCUGGUGCUCAACGACCUCACAGCUGAUGAGUUCAGCUGGGACACCGAGGGCGGGCAGCCGGGCGCGCCACUGGCGCGCCACCAUGCGGCGCUGGCGGCGCUCGCGGGGGACCUCUUUCACUACGGCCAGGCCUUCCACGAGCAACAGCAGCAGCAACACACCUCGGCAGUGGCGGCGGCGCAGCCGUCCCAGCCGCACCCGCAGCAGCAACAGCAGCAGCAGCAGGGGUGCGGACAGCAGCGGCGGCGGCGGGCCGGCCGGGGGUCGGGGUCUGACGGCGGCGGCAGCGAUGGCGGGGACGUGGACGCAGAUGACGAGGUGAUGGGAGAGGAGGAGCUGCUGGAGCUGCCGAAGAAGCGAUCUCGGAAGCGGUGGGACGAGCUGCUGUGGCUGCUGCGCGUCGCGCGCGAGUUGGCGCUGACGUGGCCCACGCUGCUGCACCCGGUCGCAACCUCGCCGCCCCCAAACGGCGCCCCCUUGACCGUCGCCGCGGGCGCGGCGCGGCGGCAGCAGCCGGAGCGGGAGGCGCAGGCGGCGGAGGCGGGGCGGCUCUGGCAGGGGGUAUUUGACGCGACCCUCAAUUUUGGCGCGGCGUCUCGAGGCGCAAAAGGCGGCCCGGGGGCAGCGGCGGCGGCGGCGCACCAGCACCAGCACCAGCACGGCGCCGCCGCCGCCUGCUUCGGGCUGCUGCCGGCAGUCCAAGAGGCGGCCUCAUGGCUGCUGCAGUCGCAGCUCUCCUGCCGCCUGCUGGCCGCCGCGGCCGGCGCGCCCAACGCCGCCGCCCUCGCGGCACGGCUGCGGCCGCUGUGGGCGGCGCCGCUGCGCGACCCGGAGGCGGCGCUGCUGGCGACGAUCGCGUCCUGUGGACGGCUGGCCGGCGCAGGGCGAGAGGACGGGGACUUGCUGGGGUCCCUCGUGACUGCCUGCAUCCAGACGAUCACCGGCGGCGGCCCCGGCGGCGCCAGCGCGACCGCGUUGGCCGCGGCGCCCCCGCUCGGCCCGCGCCCGCCGGUGCUUGCGGCCCUACACGCGCUGCUGCUCGCGCCGCCGGCGCUCGGCGGCGCCGCGCUGCUUGAAUUAGACAGUGAGGGCGCGCGUGCGGCGCCGGACGACGAGGCGCUGGGCGCCACGGGCGCGGGCGCGCCGCUGGUCGGCAGCGGGACGCUGGCGGCGCGCGUGCUGGCCCAGGUGGAUGCAUGGGAGGCCGGCCUCGCGCCGCCCAGCCUGCUGCAGUCGCCCGCGCUCGCGGCUGAGGCCGCGGCGGCGUCCGCCGCCGGCUCGAGCUUGGGCGCCGGGCUGGCGGCCGCGCGCAGCGGCGCUGCAGCGGCGGCGGCGGCGGUGCCCUCCGCGCCCGGCGGUGCAUGCGGCAGCGCGGUCGGCCUGGCGUGCGGUUGGUGGGCGCCGGACGCGGAGGCGUCGCUGGCGGAGCGCCAGCUCAGCGCGCUGGAGCCCGCGUGGCAGCGGCUGGCGCGGCGCCUGGAGGCUGCGCGGGCGGCGGGGGUCGCGGCACGGGUGGCUGCCCUGGAUGAGAGCGAGCGAUGCGGCGGCGGCGGCGGCGGCGGCGGGGUCGAGGACGAGGACGAGGCGGCGGAGGGCGGGGCAGGCGGAGCCGGGGGGGCGCGGCAGCUGAUAGGCGCCCUCCAGGACAUCUCCGGCCGCUUGGAGAUUCGCGUCGCCCGGCCGCCGUUCGGCGCCCCCGAGGGCGCCGCCGCAGCGGCCGCUGCUGCCGCCGCCGUAGCAACGGCGGAGGCGGCGCGCCUGCACCUGCUGCCACUGCUGCAGGCCGCGACGGCGGCCGCCGCGCUGUCCGCAGCGGCGGCUGCGCAGCGGGCGCCGCCGCCGAAGACCAUCGAGCUUGCGGCGUCGCAGGAAGAGCCGAUGCAUGUUGAUUGCGAUCUACGAGAUGACCGCGCGGCGCGGCCGCUGGCGGCGCCCCUGCAUGCGGGGCGGGAGGACGUGGCCGCGCUGCUCGGGCCGCAGCUGUGCCUUGCAGUCGCGUCGGCGCUGCUGUGCGCGGGGCCGGCGCUCGUGGCCCUGCUGCCCGACCCCUCGACCUUCUACAGCGGCGCCCCCCUCCUACGCCAGCUCAGCCUCCUGUCCUCAGAAAUCUCGCGCCUCGGCCGCCUGCGCCACGGCGCGGUCGCGGACGUUGCGGCGGCGCUUGUGGGCGCGUGCGGGCUGCUGGAGGGCGCCGCGCAAUCUGCUGCAGCGGCGGCUGCCGCGGCGGCGGAGGCGGGGGCGGACUUGGACGCAGGCCGAGACGCGCGGGCGCGCGAGCCCGCCACCUUGGACGCCGGCUUUGACGACGACCUCGACUUCGGAAAGGUCCCCGCCUUCAAGCGCCCGGCCGCGACACCCGCGGUGCUCACCACGCACCCAGCCACCAACGCCGCUGCCGCCCUGCAAGCGACGCAGGUCGCCGCCGCCGCCGCGGCCGGCUCGGCGGCCGGCCACGCGGCGGCGGCGGCGGCCAGUGGCGGGCUGUUUGGCGGCAAGGCGUACGGCGGGGCACAGGGUGUUGAAGGGUCCGCGCUGCGCGUGCUACGAGCCCUGGCAGAGGCGGACGGCGCGGCGGUGUCGGGCUGUGUGCUGCGGCUGUGGCAGGCGGUGCACUCGACGAAGGGCGCUGCGCCCGCCGAGCAGCUGGUCGAAGAGAUGGCUGAUGUCAUGGUGACGGCGGUGUGCUCAGGCACCUGGCUCGACGCGCGGUCGGCCGUUAUGAUGCUCGACCAGCGCCAGGGGCUGCUCAGCGGCAAGGCCCACGGCCCCGCGCGCGUCUCCGCCGCGCUCGCGCUGCUCUGCCGCCUCGCCGCCGCGGCCGCCGCGCGCGGCGCCGCGGGGGCGCUGCUGGAGACGCGGGCGGAGCGGCGGCGGCACGAGACUGCGUCGGCUGGGGCACAGGGGGAGGGGGAGGCCAUGGAGGAUGACUGCGAGGAAGAAGACACCGUCAUGGAUUCGAUGACAGACGUGCGAUGA